AUGCCAGUCAAACAGUUCACCGAAGAUAUAGAAAUUGACAACAACGUCGUGCCAGACUCAAAAAUCAAUUACGAUGAUGCCAUUACAUACUGGUCAUCGGUACCUGCGUCAGUCAAUGGGGUUCUAGGUGGUUUUGGUGAACAAACGCCAGUACCAAAAGUCGAUAUAGUUGGAUCACUUACAUUUUUACGAAAAUUGUCAUCUCGAAUGAGUAGUGGUGGUCAACCCAAAUAUACAAUUGAUAUGGGUGCAGGAAUUGGAAGAAUUACUCGUGACCUUCUUUGGAAAGUUAGUGAUAAAGUUGAUUUACUUGAACCUGUGAAACCUUUUGUUGAACAAAUGCCGGCUGAAUUGCAACAGGUUCAAUCACUGGGGAAAUUGGGACAGAUUUAUGAUAUUGGAAUGCAGGAAUGGGUGCCUGAUAAGAAAUAUUGGUUGAUUUGGUGUCAAUGGUGUGUUGGGCAAUUGCCUGAUGAUGUAUUGGUUGAAUUUUGGAAAACAUGUCGUGGUGCAUUGGUUGAGAAUGGUACGAUUAUAGUAAAGGAAAACAUAGCUCCAAUAGAGGACGUUUUUGAUGAAACUGAUAGCUCAGUUACAAGAACAGAUAAAAAAUUUAGAGAAUUGUUUAUUAGAGCAGGGUUGAAAUUGAUUGCCAGUGACGUACAAAAGGGUUUACCAAAGGAGUUAUAUCCUGUCAGAAUGUAUUGCUUGAAAGCACAAUGA